AUGCGGUUUUGGUGGAUUUUACUGUUUGGCUUUUGGAGCGUCAGUGGGGAACUACCCUUUAUAGCGGAGAACAACGCAGCCAUGCUGGUCAACUGGAAUGCUGUUGAUGGGAAUAAAAAGCUCUACGCCAUUUACGAUACAAGCGUCAACGAACCGGGUAAUAUGUCAUUUGUCAAAGAGACGGUGGAUAAACUGUUAAAAGGAUAUGAUAUUCGUCUCCGGCCAGACUUUGGAGGUGCACCGGUUGCUGUUGGCAUGAGUAUCGAUGUGGCCAGUAUAGACCUGGUAUCAGAGGUCAAUAUGGACUACACGCUGACCAUGUAUUUCCAGCAGUACUGGAGGGAUAAGAGGCUGGCUUAUGUGGGGAUUCCUCUCAACCUGACGCUGGACAACAGAGUAGCAGACCAGCUCUGGGUCCCAGAUACCUACUUCCUGAAUGAUAAGAAAUCCUUUGUGCACGGGGUCACUGUUAAGAACCGGAUGAUUCGGCUCCACCCUGACGGCACCGUCCUCUACGGACUCAGAAUCACGACUACCGCUGCCUGCAUGAUGGACCUGAGGAGAUACCCGCUGGAUGAACAGAACUGCACUCUGGAAAUUGAAAGUUACGGUUACACCACAGAUGAUAUAGAGUUCUACUGGAAAGGAGGAGACACGGCUGUGACCGGAGUGACACGGAUCGAGCUCCCUCAGUUCUCCAUAGUCGACUACAAGCUUGUCUCCAGGAACGUGGUCUUCUCCACAGGUGCCUACCCUCGGCUGUCACUGAGCUUCAAGCUGAAGCGAAACAUCGGAUACUUCAUCCUACAGACGUACAUGCCCUCCACCCUGAUCACCAUCCUGUCCUGGGUGUCCUUCUGGAUCAAUUAUGACGCCUCAGCUGCCAGAGUUGCUUUAGGGAUCACCACUGUGCUGACCAUGACAACCAUCAACACCCAUCUUAGAGAAACCCUCCCCAAGAUCCCUUAUGUGAAGGCCAUCGACAUGUACCUGAUGGGCUGCUUCGUGUUUGUUUUCCUGGCUCUGCUGGAGUAUGCCUUUGUCAACUACAUCUUCUUUGGACGUGGUCCGCAGAUGCAGAAGAAACUGGCUAUGAAAGCGCUGAAGGCAAAUAAUGAACGCAAUACAUUCGACCAACCCAAGUCCAUCCUGGAAGGAGUUAACUGCAAGACCUCGUCGUCUCUUAAUCAGUCCAAUCAGGUACAGAGUCGCCGUCAUUCACGUCAGGUCGAUUCCCAUGGGAACAUUUUGCUGACAACCUUGGAGAUCCACAACGAGGUGGGGGUUAAUGAGAUCACCACCACCCUGAGCGAGACACACAACUCCACCUCCAUGACGUUCGACAACUCUGGGGUCCAGUACAGGAAGCCGAGCGCGCCAAAUGAAUCGUGCCGACUCAGCCUGGACAGGAAUGCACACCUUAAGAGAACCCGCCUGAGGAGACGAUCGUCACAUCUCAAAAUCAAAAUCCCGGACCUCACCGAUGUGAACGCCAUCGAUAGGUGGUCCCGGAUCAUAUUCCCCUCAGCCUUUUCCCUCUUCAACCUGAUCUACUGGCUUUAUUAUGUCCAUUAACACACUGUGCUUUUGUAACCCAUCUUUGUUCCAUUCUGGUUGUGGAAUGGGAGGCGACUUUUUGAUGUGACACACGGCUGUGGCGGCAAAAUCAGAACAUGUAAGCUCAUAGCAAGUGCGGACUCUGGCAGAAGAGCCGUCACUCAGACUGUGCAAUGUAACCUGGAUUUAACAUGCGUGUAAAGACAUCCACUUCCUGCUUUGACUUCUGUAACCAGCUUGGAGACAAAAAGAUGAUUUCAACCACAGGAGAUCUCUCCCUAAAACACCAGUGUUUGAUUAAAUUCUGUUUAUUGAAUAA